UUUAUGUUUUGCUGAAUUUUGCUCUCCCAUUCCCAUGAUUUUUAUUGCAAUAUUUUCUUAAUUUACUAAAUGAUUUCACUGAAAUUUAAUUUGUGAUCAACUGCACAUUUAGACAAUAGAUUCGACUUCAAUUCAAGUAGCUAAGCAAUGAAACUCCUGAAACCACUAUGGGUGGUGGGGCGGCGCCCGGGCCGCGCCGUCAGCACCUGGUCACCCCUGGCCACAGCCUUCAACACCAGGCCCAGCACCCAGCCACUGUUUAACAAUUUUAAAGAGAGAACUGGCCUCUUUUGCAAACCUGAGCUAGUCAGCUUUGAAGGCUUCUAUGCUCUCAAGGAGCAGGCAGUGGAAGCCACAGACCGGCUCAUUGAAGAAGCCACCAACAACCCCACUCGGCCCAUGGUGGAGAUCUUUGAUGAGUUGUCGGACACCCUGUGCCAAGUGGCAGAUCUGGCAGAGUUUGUCCGGAUUGCCCACCCGCAGUCACACUUCGCCAGUGCUGCUGAGGAUGCCUGCAUCAGUGUCAGUGGUGUGGUGGAGAAAUUAAACACAGACAGAGCUCUUUACGAAGCGCUACGAGACUCAGUGAAGAAAGGAACGUCAGGAGACAAGCACUUAGCAGAACUCUUCUUAUUUGACUUUGAGCAAAGUGGCAUCCAACUGGAUGCGGGUCCGCGGAACCGAGUGGUGGCUCUCAAUGACCUGAUCCUGCAGACGGGGCAGAGGUUCAUGGCCGGAGCCUCCAAGUCCAGGAAAGUGCCUCGGGAUAUUGUGCCGCAAAAUGUAAGACAGUUUUUCAGCACAGAAGGCGACUCGAUAGUCGUGAGCGGCGUGUACGCGGAGUGCGCUGAGGCAGCGGCUCGGGAGGCCGCGUACCGACUGUACCUGGCGCCGGACAGACACCAACACGAGCUGUUAACUACCACGCUGGAGGCGAGGAAGGAGAUGGCCGGGAUAUGCGGGUUUGGGAGCUAUGCUGAUAGAGCAAUAAAAGCGAGCACCAUGGAAACCUCAUCCAACGUGCGUCAAUUCCUCGACACUCUCUCACACAACCUGCACGACCGAGCCCAAGUAGACUUCGACCAGAUGCUUGCAAUGAAGAAGACCGAAUGCCACCAAGACUCCCUCCAAUGUUGGGACACCCCUUACUUUACCCACAAGGCUAAGACUCAGCUGCUAAAUGUGGCUAAUUCGGAUUUUAGCCCGUACUUCUCGCUUGGAGGCUGCAUGGAGGGUUUAAAUAUGCUGUGUCAAGAGCUGUAUGGGAUUAGCUUGAAGCCUGAGGAAAUGAUGGCUGGCGAGUCCUGGUCCCCGGACGUGUACAAGCUAGCCGUGGUCCACUCAACAGAGGGUUCUCUGGGCCACAUCUACUGCGACCUGUACGCGCGCGCCGGCAAGCCGCACCAGGACUGCCACUUCACCGUGCGCGGCGGCAGGCGGCUGCCGGACGGGACCUAUCAGAACCCCAUAGUGGUGGUGAUGCUAUCUCUGAGCGGCGGCCACCGCGGCGGCCCCGCGCUGCUGUCCGCCGGCGCCGUCGACAACCUGUUCCAUGAGAUGGGCCACGCCCUCCACUCCAUGCUGGGCCGGCCGGCGCACCAGCACGUGUCGGGCACGCGCUGCGCCACCGACCUCGCCGAGGUGCCCAGCGUGCUGCUCGAGCACUUCGCCACUAGCCCACAGGUGGUACGUCGCUUCGCGCGGCACUUCCAGACGCGCGAGCCGAUGCCUGAAGACAUGCUGCAGCGGUUCUGCGCCUCCAAGCACCUGUUCGGGGCCAGCGAGAUGCAGCUGCAGGUGUUCUACUCCGCACUAGACCAACACUACCACAGUGAGAACGCGUCGUCCGGCGGCCGCACCACGGACGUGCUCAAGCAGGUCCAGAAACAGUACUACGGGCUGCCUUAUGUUGAGAAUACGGCAUGGCAACACCGCUUCAGCCACCUAAUCGGCUACGGCGCUAAAUACUACUCCUACCUCAUAUCCCGAGCCAUCGCUUGGAGCAUUUGGAAGAAGCACUUCGAGGCAGACCCUCUGAGCAGGGCCGCGGGGGAGGGGCUGAGGCGCGGGGUGCUGAGGCACGGGGGGGCGGUGCCGCCGCAGGUUCUUCUACGGGACUACCUAGACACAGAAAUAACUCCGGACAAACUAGCAAAUGCAUUGGCAGAAGAACUAGACUACCACAGAGACCAUUUACAAGCAGUAUUCAAGAUUAGAUAAA